AUGAAUUCCAAUACCAGCGAUCACGAUGACUCCGGGCCGCCGGCAGCAGAAGGAUUGGCGGACUCGACGGCGAUCAGGGAAUGGCGCGAUCGGCAAAAAUUGGUGGAAAUCGUGGCGAAGGAUGGUCAUCACUGGCUGAAGUACGGCGAGAAGCCUCUCAUGAGAACCGGAAUUAUCAGGGCAUACUAUCGCUGUGGAUACACUAGUAAGGGAGCGGGCUGCCCGGCCAAAAAGACCAUCGACCGCAACCCAGAGGCAGUGGUAACAGACGAGAACGUGCAGGUCUCUUACACCAAUAAGCACAACCACCAAGGCGGCCAACAGGUGAUUUCAGGCGGAUCGUCUCAGACGGCUGGACAGGAGGCAGGGCAGCAGAGGAAAGCAGCUGCUAGUAUUACUACCGCCUUGUCGAGUCGCCUCCUUGCCUCUGCACCCCUCUCCCCCUCCUCUGCUACCUCCGCACCAGCGUCAUCCCUACCUGCCGAUGCCCUCGCAGCAUCAGGAGAUAACUCAAGAAGCCGGACAAACCCUUUUGGAUCGCACGUGGUUGUUCCCGGUUCCAGCAACGUAACUACAGCGAAGGCUGGCAGUAACAACAGCAGCAGCUCCGUUUCAUUGUCAUCCGCCUCUGCCACACCCACGAGCACAGGCUCGGAAGACGCCAUGCCUGCGCCGAACCUGCCCGGACAGGCUCGGCAGCAACAGCCGGAGCAGCAGCAGCAGCAGGAGGAGGAGGGGCAGGAGAAGGGAUGGGCGUGGCAGGAUGAUCCCAGGGGAAGGUCGGGACUGAGGAGGGCUGCAUCUGAUGAUGGUUCCUGGCAGGUUCUGCAGCAGAAGGUGCAAGCAGCAGGUGAGACGAUUACUGAGGAAGGGCAGACGGCAGGGUUUGGGAAGGCGAGCCUGCAGGGGGCAGGAAGGAUUGGGAGUGAGAGUGGAAGGAGGAGUGCGAGGAGAUUGAUUCCUGGACGGUGGAGCGCGAGGGUGCGCAGUGGGGGUUCUGGAGAGGCGUUGGAGAGGUUUCAGAGGAGUGUGGCUGGGUUGCUGGUGGAAGAGGAGGUGAUUGGUGUGGCUGCGGCAGGUAUAGCUGCCGAUGCUGCUGCGAUUGCAGGGGUAGAAGCGGGAGGAGCAGGAGCAGCAGCAGGAGCAGCAGCAGGAGGGGGGGCACACGCUAUGGAAUUGAGUGUCCCUAGUGCGGAUUUCUGGGCUGCUGGGGGUGGGAUGGCUGAUUCAGAGGAGGGGCGGCGCGGCAAGAGGAGCCGCAUGCACACUCCAGAGCCUCAGGCUGCGGUUGAAGGGAGUUUUGAAACGUCUGAAAGGCCUUUUUGGCAAGAGGCAGGAUCGGGGAAGGAUAGGCUUGGGAUGGAGGAGAGGGAGGAUGUUGAGGAGGAUAUUAGUAUGUCUGCUGCUUUGCUGCACAACCUGAAUCUGCAACAGAGGCAGCAGGAGGGGCAGCAAGAGGGGCAGCAAGAAGGGCAGCAAAAGGGGGAACAGCAGCUUAUGCAGCAGCAGGAGCAGUUGGAACAGCAGCAGCAGCAGCAGCAGCAGCAGCAGCAGCAGCAACAGCAACAGAGGCAGCAGCAGAGGAGGCAGGGAACUCUUUUUGAGAGGUGGGGUAGCGCGGUGCUUCCUAGCGUGGGAAUUGAUGCCAACAGUGCGUGGCUGACCAGUGAGGAGCCGCCACGUGUCCCAACAGAGGCUAGGAUUCAUUUGGAGGAGGUAUGGGCGUCGUGGGAGCAGCAGCAGCAGCAGCAGCAGGAGGGAUGGCCGCUACAGGGAGUGAGAGAGGGGGUGAGGGAGGGAGAGUCGGAGGGAGAGAGGGAGCGAGAGAGCAAGGGAGAGAGGAGGGGAGAGAAGGAGGGAGAGGGACUGGGAGAGGUGGUGCAAGUGCUAAGUGAUUCACACAUGCAAGAAGCCCUAAAUUCCCAGGAACCGCAGACAGCCCAGGAAGAGCAAAGAGAGAGAGACGAGCGGGAGGAGAGAGAAAUGGAGGAGCUAGAGGGAGGGGAGGAUCAGGAGAAGCAGCAGGAGCAGGUGAAGCAGGAGCAACAGGAGGAGCAGGAGGAGCAGGAGGAGCAGGAGGAGCAGGGGGGUCAUGGAAUGCAGGAUGGAGCGAGCUUCCCUAGUGUGCACGUCCCACAAGCAGCAGACCCGAUCUCCACACAGUUAGGGAGCCUUCUCAACGACAUGAUCCCUCUCCCAGACGUCCCUCACGCUCCCUCUGCCCCGACCUGCUCACCCCCGCCCCCCUCGCUUGCUGCUUCUGCCUUCCAGCCUUCCCACUGGCUUCAGAUUCCUAUUCCCAGCGCUUCACCUUUGAACCUAACAACUGCAGGCCCUCUCUCAGCUGCUGCUGCUGCUGCUGGUACUGCUGCUGGGGGAAUUGCAAGUGUACACCCUGGGACAGAGGGUUCUUCCCAUGGGUACCCUACAGAUAUGAUUGGAGCCCUCGCCCUUGCUCGUGUCCACUCUGCUGCCUUCUCUGCUGCUGGUGGUGCUGCUGCUGGUGGGGGAAUUGCAACUCUACCCCACGGAACGGAGGGACCCCCCACCAAAUACCCUAUAAACGCGAGUGGAUUGCUCUCUCUCGCUCGCGCCCACUCUGCCGCCUUAUCAACUGCUUUCUCCUCUGCUGCCUCUGCAGCCACACCUAACACUCCCUUCCACGCUUGGAGGGCCCUUCCCGCCUCUUCAGCAGCAGGAGUGGGAUCCGUGGCUGCAGGAACCCCCUCGGUUGGUUUCUCUAGGGCACGUGCUUAUAACGAGCGUGAUCAUGAGGAGUUCGCUGCUGGAGGAGGCAUGCAGGAAGCAGAGAGCAGGGAGCUGGCUUCCGGGCAGUCCAUAGAAGAUCUGGUUACCAUGUUACCCAUGUUACCAGGCAGAUUGAGCAGCAUCAGAGAAGCACAGCGGGAGGAAGAGGAGGAGGCAGAGGAGCAGGAGGAGGAGGAGGAGGAGGAGGAGGAGGAGGAGGAGGAGGAGGAGGAGGAGGAGGAGGAGGAGGAGGAGGAGGAGGAGGAGGAGGAGGAGGAGGAGGAGGAGGCAGGAAUCCUGGGCAAGGCGGCCCAGGAAACGGCAUGGGAAGAGGAGUAG